CUCAAAUUCAAGUACAAUCUAAAAUAAAUAAUAAUAACGAACUAACUAACGUCCAAGCAAAUGGAAAUUAAGGUUAUUGCACUAGUAUUCACACUAUGUGUAGCAUCAUGGGAUACUGUAGAGGGAAGAUCUUUUAGAUUUUCUACGACUCCACUAAAUCGUUAUAGCUUUCCUCCUCAUUUUGAUUUUGGUGUUGCUUCUUCUGCUUAUCAGUAUGAAGGUGCUGCAAAAGAAGGAGGGAGAACUCAAAGCAUAUGGGACAAUUUCACACAUGCAUUUCCAGAAAGGACAAGCAUGGACAAUGGAGAUGUUGCCGUUGACUUUUAUCAUCGUUAUAAGGAAGACGUCCAACUAAUGAAGGGAAUGAAUAUAGAUAGUUUCAGAUUUUCCCUGUCCUGGUCAAGAAUAUUACCAAGUGGAAAACUAAGUGAUGGGGUCAAUAAAGAAGGGGUUCAAUUCUACAAGAAUCUUAUUGAUGAGCUUAUCAAAAACGGUAUCAAACCUUUUAUAACAAUUUAUCAUUGGGAUAUACCGCAAGCUCUUGACGAUGAGUAUGGUAGCUUUUUAAGUCCUCGAAUCAUAGAUGAUUUUAGAAACUAUGCCAGAUUUUGUUUCCAAGAGUUUGGGGACAAGGUUAGUAUGUGGACAACGUUCAACGAGCCAUAUGUGUACAGCGUUUCGGGUUAUGAUGCGGGCAACAAGGCAAUGGGUCGAUGUUCCAAAUGGGUAAAUAGUUUGUGUGUAGCUGGUGAUUCGGGCACGGAGCCUUAUUUAGUAUCUCACCACCUUCUUCUUGCUCACGCUGCUGCCGUUGAAGAAUUCAGAAAAUGUGACAAGAUUUCAAAAGAUGCUAAGAUAGGCAUAGUGUUGUCUCCUUAUUGGUUCGAGCCAUAUGACAUUGCUUCUGAUGCUGACAAAGAAGCAGUUGAAAGAGCUCUUGCUUUCAAUCUUGGUUGGCAUCUCAGCCCUCUCGUUUUCGGAGACUAUCCAAAGACGAUAAAGGCAAACGCUGGAAAUAGACUGCCAUCUUUCACCAAGGAGCAAUCUAUGAUGGUUAAAAAUUCAUUUGAUUUUAUCGGAGUAAAUUACUACACUGCCCGGUUUGUCGCUCACGAUCUUCACGUCGAUAUAUCUCGGCCUCGCUUCAUGAAUGACCAACACCUCCAAUACAAAAUGACAAAUCGUAGUGGCGACAACAUCUCAUCAGAAUCGGAUGGGUCCAAAAUUCUCUGGUCAUAUCCGGAAGGGUUUCGAAAGAUUCUUAAGCAUAUCAAAAAUACAUACAACAAUCCAACUAUUUACAUAACUGAAAACGGUUUCGAUGACUACGAAAAUGGAACAGUGACACGUGAAGAGAUACUAGAAGAUACAAAGAGAAUAAAGUACCACCAAGAACAUCUCCAAGAACUCCAGAAAGCGAUCACUGAGGAUGGGUGUGACGUAAGAGGCUAUUUUACAUGGUCGUUGUUGGAUAAUUUCGAAUGGGAACAUGGUUAUGCAGUGAGGUUCGGUCUUUACUACGUUGACUAUGCAGAUGGUCUAAAACGACAUGCUAAAAACUCAGCCAAAUGGUUCAAACAUUUUCUUCAAAGAUCUGAAAAGCCAAUGCCGAUGGAUCUGUUUAAGAGUGUCAAGAAUUGGUGGUCUGCAUUACAAAUGAUUUAAUCUCAUUCUGAGGAAGAAAACUUAAUGAUGAAAAGUAACUGAUUCUUUAGUCUAGUUAUUGGUAGAAUUAUGCGAUAUAAGUAGGUUAAUACUAAGAUAUACAAACUAUAUAUUUUUUUUUUUACGUUUUCUAAUUUAUUCAUAAAGGUUCUUUUGAGAUCACUCGUGUACAUAUGGUUCGUACUUUCCAUGAAUAAAGAUCGUCAUUCAUUUUGGCGUGGUAUGAGAGACUUAAAGGUA